AUGUCGAAAAACAGCUCGGCAUAUGGCACCCCGGCGGGGGAUACAUCCUUCCGCAAGACGCGCAACCCUGAAGAGUACGCCGCAAGGGCCAAAGAGCGUGACGAAUCCGAGGCGGCCGAGCGCAAAGCCCGCUAUGAGGCAAAGCUGGCGGGCAAGAAGUACCACAAGCCGAUGACGGGCGACGAAGAAUUCACCUCGGCACGGUCCGAGAUGAUGGACUUCAGCGCGCAGGUCGGAAAGACGAUGCUGGUGCCCGCCGGGGCGGGCCAGGGUAAGCGUGGACGCGGCGCGGGCUUCUACUGCGAGGCAUGCGAUCUCACAUUCAAGGACAACAUUCAGAUGCUGGAGCACAUCAACACGCCGCAACAUCAGAUCGCGACUGGGCGGAACAUGAACGUGCAGGCAGCCACUGCUGAGGAAGUCCAUGAGCGGAUUGAGAAGCUGUGGAGGAGACAAGAGAAUAGGAAAAAGCAAACAGUGUUCAAGCUCGACGAGAGGCUUGAGCUGCGAAAAGAAGAGGAGGAGAAGGAGAGAGAAGAAAAGAGGAAGAAGCGGCACGAGCUGGCCGAACGCAAACGAGCCGAAAAAGAAGCUGCCAGCCAGGUCAAGACCGAGUAUGGCGAUGAUGUGAGGAUAGAAGGCGAGCAUGAGGAGGACGACAUGUUGACAAUGAUGGGGAUAGCCGGAUUUGGAACCUCAAAGCAAAAGCGGCCAAUGUUGGCUUUCGCAGGCUGUUUCACAGAGCUUUCAAAGCAUUAUCUUAACGCCUGGCCCGCCCCCGCCCGUGACCUCUACUCAUUCAGCACGGGCAGUCGCACGCCUUCGGCCCAGGGGGGGUGCGCUUGCCGUCAUACUCUCGCAGCAAUGUCCUACAACGGCGCCUCGUCUUCAUCUCAGUCAACAUCAGCAGCCGCCCUCCUCUUAGGCCGGCAGCUUAAACAGAUGCAGAGAGACAAUAAUCCAAGGUUCUCAGUGGGCCUAGUUAACGACUCCAACCUCUUUGAGUGGAACGUUAUGCUCAUGAUCGAUGACGAUGUAAAAUUCUAUGGUGGCGCCAACUUCCGAGCCCGACUCUCUUUUCCCCCGACAUACCCUCACCUCCCACCGAGCAUGACUUUUCAGAAACCGAUACCCUUCCACCCAAACAUCUACGAUAACGGCGUGCUCUGCAUCAGCAUCCUUCACCCGCCCGAAGAAGACAAGUACGGCUAUGAGGCAGCAUCGGAGCGCUGGAGCCCCGUACAAACUCCCGAGACGAUACUGCUGAGCGUCAUCAGCUUGUUUUCCGACUUGAACGUGGAAAGCCCGGCGAACGUCGAGGCGGCAAGGUUGCUCAGGGAAGAUCCCAAAGAAUUCAGGAAAAUCGUAAGGAAAUGUGUCCGUGAGAGUACUGGAGAGGAUUCAUAG